AUGUCCCCCCAUGCCACCUCUCCCCCGUCUGUCCAGCAGCAGCAGCAGCCUCAGUCUCCUCAGGCGGGUAGCGCAGGUCGCGACACCACAUAUGGGCAGUACGGCAGCGGUCAAGAGCUUCAGCUGACUGCUACGGAUGUGGCGCUGGACAUGCUUAUCCGUGCUGUCUUUGAUCUUCUUCAGCGAUCCGUGGCGGCUCCGAUUGACCGUGUGAUGGUGUUGACCGCCGUCGAGGGAGAACUGGUACGCCAGGGCCGCCUGCCUCCUGGCGGCUUCCGUGGUAUUUGGCAGCUGUACGGCCGCCUGUGGCGCAAAGAGGGCCUUAGAGGUUUUCUCCGCGGUGUCAUGGCAGAUGCGGUGCUGACGCUGCCGAGUGGCUUUGUUGACUCCUUCGCCACCAAUGCGGUGUUUAUGUGCCUGCAGCGGCUGAUUCCAACCCAUGUGGCGAAUCAGCUGAGCACCCCUAUCGUAGUGGCGCUGUCACUGGCGGCCACGAGUGCAGCGGUGUGGGUGGCCACUCCGUACAACGCCAUCCGCAAGACCAUUAUGACCAACUACAUGGCGGACAUUAUCGCUCCAGCUGGUUGUACUACCUCUGAUGUUUGCGGGUGCGGCGAGACAGCGGCGAUGACGGACGGCACGUGUGGGAACGCCGAGGCAGAGAAGGUGGAGCAAGGCUCGCCGCUCCAGGAGGAGGCGUAUCGCUACUCCACAGCCACGGAAACAGCUUGCCAGGUCUACCGUCGAAAGGGAUGGGGCGGGUUCUACCGCGGCGCCGCCGUCGAGCCGCUAACCGUGUGCACUUACCGCAGUCUGUACCUCAUCGCAUCUGUCAUGGUGAGUGAGCGUGUGCAGAUGGCGUACCCGUACGCAGUGGCUCGCGGCUUGGCGAUUGUGGCCGACAUACUCACGCAGCCGCUGGAGGUGGUGAGCCGUCGCCUCGUCCUGACAGCAUCAGACGAGAAGGAUGAGAAGCGCUACGCCGGCGUGAUGGACUGCGCCAGGACAAUUAUACGAGAGGAAGGCGUGACGGCGUUGUGGUCAGGGCUACGCUUCCGGCUCAUGGUGAGCGUCGCGAGCAUUGCAAUCCGCACACUGUUCGCAAUGUCUACGGACUCCGCGGGCGUUUGA